AGUCUGGGUGCCACACUAUACUCUGUGUGAGGAAUAGCUUGAACCGGAGCAAUUACCGUGGGCCUACUUUUCAAUUUGACUCCGAAAUAAGCGGCUUGGGACGUUAUAAUGCCGAAUUAACCAUUUCUUAUUAUUAAUUUGACACUUUUAACGUCUUAACGGAGUGAGUAGGUGUGUAUCAGAAGAGAAACGUCAUGGACAAUUUGGAGAAGCAGUUGAUUUGUCCCAUCUGCCUGGAAACAUUUACCAAACCAGUGGUCAUUUUACCGUGUCAACACAACCUGUGUAGAAAGUGUGCCAAUGAUAUCUUUCAGGCCUCCAACCCAUACCUCCCAACCAGAGGGGGGUCAGUGACCUCCGGUGGCCGUUUCCGGUGCCCGUCCUGCAGGCACGAGGUGGUCCUGGACCGCCAUGGGGUCUACGGGCUCCAGAGGAACCUGCUGGUGGAGAACAUCAUCGACAUGUUCAAACAGGAGUCCACCAGCAGCGCCAAGCCAGCGGCCCCAGAGAGGACAGAGGAGCAGGCCAUGUGCCAAGAGCAUGAGGAGGAGAAGAUCAACAUCUACUGUGUGACCCACAGCGUGCCCACCUGCUCCAUGUGCAAGGUGUUUGGAGCCCACCAGGACUGUGAAGUGGCGCCGCUCAAAAGCAUGUACCAGACACAGAAGACAGAGUUGACUGACGGGAUAGCGAUGAUGGUGGGGAACAACGACAGGAUCCAGGGCAUCAUCAGUCAGUUAAAGGAGACCUGCCGGACCAUAGAGGAGAACGGCAGGAGGCAGAAGUCCCAGCUGUGUGAGAAGUUUGACCAUCUGUACGCCAUCUUGGAGGAGAGGAAGAGGGACUUAAGUUCUAAGGUGAUGGCCGAGCAGGAAGAGAAGCUUAACUACAUCCGUGGUCUAACUAAGAAGUACAAAGAGCACCUGGAGCAGAGCUGUAGGACCUUAGAGACAGGCAUACAGACCAUGGAGGAACCAGAGAUGGCCGUCUUCUUACAGACUGUAAAAGACCUCCUUAAAAGGACUGGGGAGGCGUCGAGUACCUCCCACCUGGAGAAGGUGGAGCAAGGAUAUGAGGCAAUGGAUCACUACACCGUUAACUUCUGGAGAGAGGGCAGGGCCCUGCGUAGCAUUGACUUCAUCUCAGAUGACGAAGAUGAGUAUGAGGAGGUAGAUGGGGGAAAGGCAGAGGCUGGAGUAGGAGGUGGAGCCUCAACAGCUGCCCCACUUCCAUCCCCCGCCCCUUAA